GGUGGCGACAUUAAUGUGGUGACAAAUGACAGAAAAAUGGCCGACGGGGAAAAGAAGACUUGUGUGCCUUUUCAGUUCUUCCGCCGCUGAUCCUGAAGUCUGUAGGAAGUCCAAAUGUCCUGAUCUUAUUCCUUUUGGUUCCCUGUUGACCAAAGGAAUUUUUCCUGACAAGUUGGGAUUGUCGGAUGCUGGUCCUGAUUGGCGUUGUUUAGUGGAAAAGCAAUAUGGCCUGGUUUUGGAACUAACACAUGAACAGGAACUUGGGGUGGAACCAGCGCCAAGGUUUCGACGAGAAAUCCCCCCCCCUCACCCACCAGGGAUUUUGGCGGGAAAGUGUGUCAGCCAGAGGGGCAUCGAUGUGAUGUUCACCUUCUUCAGGUUCCAGUUCCAACCCAUUCGCUAACCUCGUAUGAGCUUUGAUGCUGGUGUUCCUAAUAAAGUGGCUCCAAAAGCAAGUCACAUGAUGGGUCAUUCGGCCAGAUCUUUGACCUCUCAACAGGAGCAGGAAUGGUGGAGGUGGCGGGAGUAGUGUUCCUCCACCCAAUCCCAUCUGCCAGAAAAGCUUGCGGGGGCGGAGCCAAGCAGCGUGAAGAAAUAGAAAAGGUGCGAGCAGAGCGGAGAUGAAUGAGAAAGGAAGGAGACGAGCACUGAUGUUCAUGCAGGAAGUAACUCCACAUCCACCAAUCAGCAGGAUGAUGGCGCCGCUCACUCAGGAGGCUUCCCGGAUGACCUUUAACCUCUCUGCAUGUGCGGCGCCGAGGUGUGGUUGCCCUCGCUACGAAGUCGGAAAUGAUGACGCGGGGUCGUGCGACUGUGGACACAGCUGGGUGACACACGCCAUACGGAAACUCUGGCCCCGCCCUCCCUCCAACCGUGGCCCUGUGGAGGCAGUCCUUCCUGGACCAGUUUUGGACCUAAGCUCCCUGGUCCUGUAUGGCACUCAGGCACUUCCUGUACGACUGAAGAUCCUGUUGGACCGCCUUUACAGUGUGCUGACACCACAGCAGGUGGCUCACAUCUUGCGCUCGCUGGGCUGGACUUUGGCUGAUUACGUCCGCGGGUACAAGCUGCAGCGAGCCGAUGGGAAGGCACUGGAACGUUGGUCCAUGGUGAGCCCAGAAGAGGAGACGCUGCUCCUCAAAGAGUUCCUUCGCUUUGGUGAAACGCGACCCGUCGUUGAGUUCAUGGCGGCUGUCCAUCACCCUUCCUGCACAGAACGACAUGAGGGUCUAGGCGAGGAAGGCUCCUCUGUUCACUGGAUCCGCCCUUCUACAAUGGAGCAGAUGGACAGGGUCACGUGGGACUGGGACACACAAGAUCCUGAGUGUGACCUUUUGAGGAGGAGAGGAACUGCACAGGAGAACACCUCUUCAUUUGUCCUAUCUAACUCUUCUUCUUCACGGAAUCUUUGCAAAACGUCCUCAUCGUGUGUGCGCCCACUGCCGUCCUUCUCCUCAGCCUUUCAGGAUCGUCCUGCACCCCCCUCCUCCUGCCAUCCCGUUCCCAAGGGACGGGUCUUGUGUGGCGUCUGUGGAAAAAGCUUCUAUGACAAAGGUACGUUGAAGAUCCACUACAAUGCUGUCCACCUGAAGAUCAAACAUGGCUGCACGGUGGCGGGCUGCACCAUGGUCUUCAGCUCACUGCGCAGUCGGAAUCGACACAGCGCCAACCCCAACCCGCGUCUCCACCGGAGCGGCACCAAAGAUGUCCCAGACGCGCGUACCGCGUACAACUCAAGCCCCACGUCCAAGGGAGCAUCAAGGGUGGGUUCACCUGCCUGUGUGUCCUUGCAUAACGCGCCCGUCUCGGUGCCAGUCUGCCAAUCAUCCCCAUGUGACAGCAAGUCUGCAGAAGCUGGCGCCAGCUUCCCGACCAAUCAACAGCAGCUGUGUGAGUCACGUGACAGUAUACCCAAGAAGAAACCUCGAAAGUCGAGCAUGCCGCUGAAAGUCGAGUGUCGAACAUUUCAAUGAAUGUUUACUGUUCUGUACUUGUGAGGUAAAUGGUAUAUUUGGCUCCACCUACUGGACAAUUGUAUCUAUUACAGCAUGCGCAUAUUUACCUGCUUGCUUUACCGUUAACUGAUAGAUCCAUACAUCAAUUUUCCAUACAAAAACAUUUUCACAAAUAUGUGUUUCUUGUUUGGCUGUUGAUAAUUACAUUGUUGAUAUUGUUGUAUUUAAUGUUUACAACCUCAGGGAAGUUGUUUGGGGAGAAUUGAAAGUUUUUUGCUCUUCUUUAAUUAUUUUGUAUAUAAUAAGAAGGAAUAAUUGUAUUAUUUUGUUAUAUCGUAAUAUUGUGUGACGUUUUAUUUAUACAUUGUAAAAUUGUUAAUGAAUGUUUUGUUAAAAA